CCGAUGCAUGUGAGAGCGAUCCGGUCACGUGCAACGCCAUGGCUUGUCUCGCCUGGCCUCGGCCGCUCUCGCUCGGUCUCGGCGAGGACGCUCUUUCUGGUUUCGGGACCUCUGCUCUGACCUGAUCUGACCUGAUCUGCACCGUCUGUCUGCACCAACAUCGCCAUGAGCACCGCCGGACACACCUGCGAAGCAUGCGGCGCCCCCGCCAAGCUCCGGUGCCCCACCUGCCUCAAGAUGGCGCUCCCAGAUGCAUACUUUUGCGGACAGGACUGCUUCAAGAAGAACUGGGCCACCCACAAGACUGCCCACAAGACGACAACGCCUGCGGGCCAGCAAUUCAAUCCCUGGCCCGGAUACGCCUUCAGCGGAAAGCUGCGGCCUGUCUAUCCCCUCACUCCCAAGCGCGCCGUGCCCGAAGCGAUCCCUCGACCCGACUAUGCCGCCGAUGGCCGCCCCUACAGCGAAAUCAUGGUUCGAGGAAGUACACAGAUCCAAGUCCUGACGCCCAAGGAGAUCGAGGGCAUGCGCACCGUCUGUCGGCUCUCCCGCGAGGUCCUGAACGAAGGCGCCAAGGUCAUCAAGGUCGGAGCCACCACGGACGAGAUCGAUCGGGUGGUCCACGAUGCCUGCGUUGAGCGUGGCAUGUACCCAUCGCCGCUGAACUACUAUGGCUUCCCAAAGUCAUGCUGCACGUCGGUCAACGAGGUCAUCUGCCACGGAAUCCCAGACCAGUACGAGCUGCAGGACGGCGACAUUUGCAAUCUCGACGUCUCGUGCUUCUAUGAAGGGCUUCACGCCGAUCUCAACGACACCUUCCUCGUCGGCAACGUGGACGACGCUGGCCGCAAGCUGGUUGAGACCACCAGAAAGUGCCUCGACAAGGCCAUCGAGAUGGUCCGGCCCGGCACCCUGUACCGUGAUGUCGGCAACGUCAUCUCCAAGGUCGCUGAGGCUGAGGGCUAUUCUGUCGUGCGUUCUUACUGUGGCCACGGCAUCAACGGACUCUUCCACGCCGCCCCCAGUGUCCCUCACUAUGCCAAGAACAAGGCUGUCGGCGUCAUGAAGCCAGGCCAUACAUUCACCAUCGAGCCCAUGAUCUCGGAGGGUGUCUGGCAAGACGAGCAGUGGCCCGAUGGCUGGACCGUUGUCACCCGGGAUGGCAAGCGAUCGGCCCAGUUCGAGGAGACCCUCCUGGUGACCGAAACAGGCGUCGAAGUCCUCACGGCCAACUUCCAGUAAGCGCCCUGCACGGCACCGUGAGACACCCUGUCCCUCUCUCGUACCAAGCAGCAAUAAACUGGAUAUACAAGCCACCUCCC